CUUCCACUCCUCGCUUUCACAAUGGUUCUUUAUUUUAGAUAAAAUCUGAGCAAAAGUAAGCUUGGUGGCGAUUAAUUUCAAAGAGGUCUGAGUUCAUGAUGGGUUUCGUGUUUCUUUUAAGAUUUGCAGUGAAAUGCCUCGGUGUUCUUGCAUGGCCUGUUUUUGGUUUGGGUUAUCCUCUAUGUGCUUCCAUUCAAGCGAUCGAGACUAAUUCGAACUCAGACACCCAGAAGCUGAUCUCAUACUGGGUCUCCAUUUCUGUGGUCUUGCUCCUUGAACAUUCGUUUCAGCUUGAAUGGCUAGCCUUCUGGCUAUACAUUAAGCUAAUGAUCGUCGGCUACUUGGUUCUGCCUUACUUCGAUGGUUCUCUGUAUGUCUAUAAACACCUUAUUAAUCCGUGUCUAUCCAUGAGCCCUGCAAUUAUCACCUGCCAGUUCAACAAGCAGGAGGAGUUGUUUUUCAAGAAAGAUGAUUUUCUUGUUGAGAUGAGGAGGUAUAUGAAGGAAAAGGGCUCUGAUGCUUUGGAGGAUCUCAUUGCUUCCACGAAAAAGAGUGCAAAGCCUGAUGUUGAUGUGAAGGAGAUCAGGGCGGUUGAAGCAGAGGAUUUGCUGAAGUUCGAACAACUUCCGGUUCGAUUCGAAGACAGUAAUGAUGUGGAGACAACAGAGAAGAUAGAAGUUGCAUCAACCAAGCAGGCUAGACAGGCAGAAUCCAACGUCAACCAGACAGAAAACAGAACAUUUCCACCUCUGGAAUGCAUAAACACUGCAACAACAACAGUAGGAGGCGGAGAUCUUUGUGGGAUUCUACCUCCCGAGAAAGUCCAAAAGGUAUGGACUUGUGUUAUAUGUCAAGUAACAGCCCAAAGUGAGACAGCUCUAAUUUCACAUCUCCAUGGGAAGAGACACAAGGCCACUUGUGAACAGCUAAAUGUCAAGAAUCAGAAAGCUUGUGAGCCUCUGAACUUCAAGAACCAGAAAGCUUGUGAGCCUCUGAACUUCAAGAACCAGGCAUCAAACAGCAAUGUUUCCCCUGCUUCAGUAGGAAGGAACCUGAUGAAGAGCAGAUGUAUUGAGAUGAUAGGUUCUCAUUGGUUUUGUACAAUCUGCAAUGUAAGCAGUGUACAUGGCAUGCAAAGUCACCUUAAAGGGAAAAGGCACAGGGCUUCGUUGCAAGCAUUGGAUGGUCUUGGAGGUAAUAGGCAUGCUUGAGUCACUGAAUAUGUUCAUACAACUAUUGCAGAAGAUGUUGUUCUAAUCUCGAGGCCAAGGUGGCCGUGAUCAUCCAAGGUACCUGUAGAUUAAAUGGCGUGUCUUGUUGCCGGACAAAAACAAAUUAAAUGGCGUCGGAAGGCAAAAACUUAAAAGGCGGAUAUUAUGUAAGCUAGACUUUGAAAUGGCGGACUUUUUUUUUUAUAUUAAUGAAUGAAGAAGUUUCAUUGA